AUGGCCUUCCUGCAACGUCCAACCAUGGCAGACAGAGCAUCAACCUCAGCUCCAGCAGCCUCCCAAUAUUCAGAACCACAAUCAGCCUUCUUCUCACAACGGUCGCGGCGUCAAUUGGGCUUAUUUGCAGCAGGCGCUGGCUUCUUCCUGCUCUCUUCCGCCAUCACAAGACGAUCAAUUGUUCGGCGUUACAAGGCGUCGAUGCCCAAAUUCUACCACCCGAGCAAUCACGCAAAUCCCAAUAUCAAUGGAGCUUUGGAGGCUUUUGAAGCUCUAACCAUUGCUACUGUAAAUGUUUUCAGUGUAUCGAUGAUGGCUGGGGGAGGAUUCCUGUGGGCAUUCGACAUAGCUACUCUGGAUGACAUGAAGAGGAAGGUACGGGUAAACCUUGGUGUGAAUGCAGACAGGUCAGAUCAGGAUGCGGAAGAAGAAAUAGAGGAGUGGUUCGCGACGGUACUUGCAAGGAAGGAAUUCAAGGCGCUUCGUGGCGAGAAGGGAAUCAAGACCAGGGCAGAGAAGGAACAAGAGGAGAAGGAGGCGAAGUUGGAGAACGAGAAGCCAAAGUCAUGA